GGAGGUGGGAGUGACGUUUGCAAAGAGAAACGGGAGCUCAGAGUUCACACAGUGCCUGAUCCCUGUGCCACAGCCUCAGUCUGCUACCGCUCCACCGCGAUAACGGGGAAUGUCUCGGCCUUCUAACCGGUAGAAAACGCCCUUUUUUUUUAAACGGAUGCUCCGGAUUUUGGCCCUAUUCCAGAAGGAGACAUGAACCUGACCAGGGUCCAGAUCUUGCUGGCAUGGAUUCUUUGUGUGUUUUCUGGGUCAGCCUUCUGCUCGCAGGAUGAGACAGAUCUGGUGAAAAAACUGUUCACCGGUUACAACAAAGUGGUGCGCCCGGUUAACCACUUCAGCGAGGCGGUGGAGGUCACGGUGGGACUGCAGCUCAUACAGCUAAUCAGCGUGGACGAAGUCAACCAGAUCGUGACCAGCAACGUCCGCCUCAAACAGCAAUGGAUAGACGUGAACCUGAAGUGGAACCCGGACGAUUACGGGGGCAUCAAGAAGAUCCGAGUUCCAUCGACUGACAUAUGGAAACCGGACUUAGUCUUAUACAACAACGCCGACGGCGACUUCGCCAUCAUCCACGAGACCAAAGUCCUGCUGGAGUACACGGGCAUGAUCGUGUGGAACCCUCCGGCCAUCUUCAAGAGCUACUGCGAGAUCAUCGUCCUGCACUUCCCCUUCGACCUGCAGAACUGCAGCAUGAAGCUGGGGACCUGGACCUACGACGGGCUGCUGGUGGCCAUCAACCCGGACAGCGACCGGCCGGACCUCAGCAACUUCAUGGAGUCCGGCGAGUGGGUGCUGAAGGACUACAGGAGCUGGAAGCACUGGGUUUACUACACCUGCUGUCCAGACACCCCCUACCUGGACAUCACCUACCACUUCCUGAUGCUGCGCCUGCCGCUCUACUUCAUCGUCAACGUCAUCAUCCCCUGCAUGCUGUUCUCCUUCCUGACCGGACUCGUCUUUUACCUCCCCACCGAUUCUGGUGAAAAGAUGACCCUCUCCAUCUCCGUCCUGCUGUCUCUGACCGUCUUCCUGCUGGUCAUCGUGGAGCUGAUCCCCUCCACGUCCAGCGCCGUGCCCCUGAUUGGCAAAUACAUGCUCUUCACCAUGGUCUUCGUCAUCGCCUCCAUCAUCAUCACCGUCAUCGUCAUCAACACGCACCACCGCUCCCCCAGCACGCACACCAUGCCCGCCUGGAUACGGAAGGUGUUCAUCGAAACCAUUCCCAACAUGAUGUUUUUCUCCACAAUGAAGCGUCCCGGUCAGGAAAUCCGCCAGAAGAGGCUCUUCCCCACCGACAUGGACAUCUCCGACAUCUCGGGUAACCCCACCCCCAACAGCGUCACCUACCAGUCGCCCAUCAUCAAAAACCCAGAUGUUCGCAGUGCGAUCGAGGGGGUGAAGUACAUCGCUGAAACCAUGAAGUCGGACGAAGAAUCCAACAAUGCGGCAGAGGAGUGGAAGUUCGUUGCCAUGGUGCUGGACCACAUCCUGCUGUGCGUGUUCAUGGCCGUGUGCAUCAUCGGGACGCUCGCCGUCUUCGCCGGGAGGCUGAUCGAGCUCCACAUGCUGUGAGGGGCCCCGAUCAGUGGUCAGAGGCGUGGGCUGGUUGCCCGAGGCUCCGUGGGGCCCCUUGGGGCCCGCGUUCGCCUGGCCCUGCCUCCGCCGGCACAUCUAACCGUGUGAGUUUGCGCAUUUACUAAAAACCGAGGAGACUUUGUAACAGGAAAUGCCGACCGACGAGCCUCCCGAUCUAAGCGGGGUCAUACUUGAAACUUUUCUCGUCACAAGCCUUUUUUUUUUCCUAUUGUUUUUUAUUUUUACUGUUUCAGACUGCUGCCAUCACACUGGCUGUGUUUUACUCUCGUUUAAAAGCCAGUGGCAGAAUGUCACCUUUUUCUUUUCCGGCAGCUUGAGGAAGGGUUUGUUCUGUUGUUUGGAGGUGCAGGCGGGAUAUUUUCCUACAUGGAGGUUUUAUUGAUUGCUCCCGCCUGGCACUGAAGUUGAAGUUAGUUGAGGCUUCAGGAACAGAAACAUUGAAAGGUUUGUUAUAUUGAAAUGGAAAUAUCCCCAAAGAGUACAAAUGUUUGUUUGUCUUUAUUAUCUGUGAUGUCUUUAUCAAGGAUUCUAAGAGGUUUCUGGGAUGUUCAAUAACAAGUUGAAUUAAAGUAUAGGUUAUAUAGUGGCAGGGCAAAUAAAACACGCUAUAGGACGUUUAUUAGCCGACACGUCUGUGAAUAAAUCCAUUCAGAAGCAUCAAAGUCGCUCUGUUGCUGCUUGUGUUUCAACAGGCUGAAGGCAACUUGAUUUAUUUUGCGGCUUUAAAUGACUUCACGUUUUCUUUAGUCGUCACACCGAAUUCUGCCGUCGCACUGCAUCAUCCAGUGUUUUUUGUUUUUUUAUUUGAAGUUGUAUAAAUGUGGAGAACAUGGGAAAAUAAAAACGGAGUCACCAUACCA